AAAUGUACAUAAAUUAAUAUUCCUACAAACCCUCCAUCUCUCUUUUUCCCUCUCUCUCACCCCCUGCGGAUCCUUCUCUUUUUCGCCCUCACUCUUCGCCCCCCUCUCUCUCUCACCCCUGCGGAUAUCAUCUCUCCGCCUUGUUGUCUCGCCUGCGCCGCCCCUCAACACCUGCUUCGCCGCCAUCGCUGUGGUAAACGCCGGCGCUCCUUCCGCACGGAAUCGCCGCCCUGGCCGCCUGCCUCGCAGCUCCACCGCCCUGCUUCAACGGCGCCGUGGGGUACUUCGUGCGUCUGAACGGGCACCUCCACAGCCACGAGACGGCACCGGCGAUGAGGAGGACGAAGACGGCAGUUUCAACCGUGAUGACCACUAAAUACUCCCGCAUUGCUGAAUCUAAUUCUAUUUCACCUUUUUCUGUUCUUUUCCUGUUUUUCUAAAUUUUUUUUGUUGAUGGUAAGCGCCAUUUUCCUCACUUCUGGAUCUGCAUAGUCGAAUUGCAUAUGUGGCAGGUUGUUUGCCUAUAAGUGUCUUAGACUUCUUGGAGCAGCCAUUUUUGCUGCAUUUCAUUGGACCAAUAUUUAUCUCAUAAUUUCUGCCUUUUUGUUUCCCCAAAAGAUGGUUUCCCGCCCUAAAAAUAUGCCACAUGCCAAUCCAAAUAACUGUCCUUAUAGAUUAUAGAUUAUAGAUUUUUUUAGUCAAAUAGGAGGAUUGUGUUUAUAAAAAAGCUAAUCUGACAGAAGGAUCUAGCAAAGCUAACUGUGAUAGAGCGGGCUGGGGCUAUAUACGGGCCCUUGACCCAGACGAGGAUCCAAAAACCUGACCCUUUUUCUCCGGUUCGGAUUCAAUGAUUCGAUCCGAAUAAAUCAUAAGAGAAAAGCCCGCCUCUCAACUCUUCUCCUCACUCCCAAAACUCUGCUAUUCUUUGCCUCACACCAAUCCAUGGAAACUGACGAAUCUCAAAGAGCGGUUCCAUUUCAGCUUCAAUUCGACAAACCUAUCGCCUCGCAGAUUAAGAUUGCUGAAUGGAACCCGGAGAAGGAUUUACUUGCGAUGGUGACCGAGGAUUCGAAGCUUCUUCUCCAUCGCUUCAAUUGGCAGCGACUCUGGACGACAUCCCCUGGGAAAUGCAUAACAUCCAUAUGCUGGCGCCCUGACGGUAAAGCAAUUGCAGUGGGACUUGAAGACGGGACUAUGUCCCUGCAUGAUGUUGAAAAUGGGAAGCUGCUAAGAAGUAUGAAGUUCCAUUGUGCUUCGGUUGUCUGUCUCAACUGGGUGGAAGAUACGAAAAAGACAAUGGAUGUUAAAAAUGGGGAUUCACCAUAUGAAGAUAGGACUGCUCGCUUUUUUCCACCUGCUCCACGAGUUCCUAGGACCGCCGGACUUGUCCCUGGAGAUAGUAGUGGCACGGAUGAAAGUGACGAUUCUUUCCGGGAACUAUUUGAUUCAUCACGCCAACAGUUUGACAUCCUAUGCAGUGGGGACAAAGAUGGAAAUAUUUAUUUUAAUAUAUUUGGCAUAUUCCCAAUAGGAAAAGUUAACCUACGCGAAAUUGCUUUCCACAGUCCUCUACUUGCGAACCAUGGCUCCUUUCGGCUCAUGGAUGCGUCUAUUUGUAAGAUGGCAUUGUCCAGUGAUCUCUGUCAUGUCACUGUGCUGUGCUCUGGCAUGCUCACUAAAACUGGAUUGGGAUCAUGUGAUAAUCAGUUAUCUGGAUGCCAUUUAGAUGGGCUCCAUUGCUUAGUCCUAGACAGCACAAUGUUUCAGAAAAGGAAAAAUGAACUUCAUCAGGUGGCUCUGCAAGCUUCCAAUGUGGAGCAUCUUAUUGAAGUCAUUCGCAAAUCAAUAGCUAUCAUGUAUAAGCAGUGGUCAGAUGCAAUGCACGUGUACCAGGAAAAGUUCAAUGCUUUAUCCUCCCUGAUUGUUGACCAUGGACUUGACUCCAGUUCUCAAGAAGAGUUUCUAAGCCUGUUGGGUGGUGCAAGGACAAGUCCGCCGGUUCAUCAAUUUUUAGUUAGCUCCCUUGGUGAAGCAGGGCUCAAACGGGUAGCGAAGGCUGUUUCUGGGGCUGGCAAGGAACUCCAAACAAUUGUGCUUGACCAUCUGCAGCCUGCUGCAGAAAUUAUUGGAUUUAGAAUGGGAGAACUAAGAGGGCUUUCCAAGUGGCGUGCACGGUUUCAGGGUAUUGGAUUGGAGGAGAGGUUAAUUGAUAAUGCUACAGAAAAAGCUGGAAUGUUGCUUGUUCAGAUUGAAAGAUUCAUUAGGAUUUUAUCUUCAGUGGUGCAGCAGUUUUCAAAUUUUUUCAACUGGCUUCUCAAAUGUGUGAAGGUUCUAAUGUCCGAACCAAGCGAUCAACUUCUCCCGUUUAGUAGUGAACUCGUUAUCCUUUUCCUAAAGUUUUUAUACGACCAAGAUCCUGUUGGUAUGUUGCUGCAGGAUACCCAGCUUGUUCAUAAUGUUGAAGUUGACUUGGAAACUAAGCAACGAGUCACAGAAUUAGCUCAUUUUGGAGGUUUCUCGGAUUCUGAAUACUUGAAAAGAACAUUGGCGAAAGAAUUUCAACAAAUGGAAUCCUGUUUCAAGGAGGCUCUAGGGAUGCCACUGACCACAGUUUCCAGAAGGAUACUUUGUAAAGACAUUUUGCCACUUUUCCCAGUUUCAUCUGUACCGAAUUUGAAGUCAGCUUAUUUACCAGUAUCAAUAUCAUACUACCAGGAAGCUCCCCAUGGAACCACACAUCAGAGGCUUACUGAUUAUACCUCUUUUAUGGUACCUGAUGAGACUUUUCCAAACAUCACAAAUUGCAUUGGUGUAGCAAGGGGGCUCAUAAAUGAUACUGACAACUUGAAGACGGGCCUUAAUUCACUUGAGGUUGCUCUGUUAUGCAUCCCUGAUGGUUAUCACUGUGUAGAUCUGUCUCAAUACAAAGACGGACAAAUUGUGUUGCUGCUAAAUGAUGUAAACACAGACUCUGACAUCUCAGGUAAUGCUUGUAUGAUGAUGGUACAAACAGAUGACCUCACAUUUGUUUCCAUAUCAAGAUCGUCCCCGUCUUGGAAUCUUCAUGAACUUAAGGAUUUUAUUACAUGCCUGCACUUGGAGAAUGAAAAGGCUCGAGAAGUUCCUCACUCUUUGGUUGCUCCUUUGGCAGUUAGUGCAUCCAGAGGCGUCGCUUGUGUUUUUGGUGCUAGGAAACGAGCCUUGGUGUAUAUUCUAGAGGAAGAUGAAGAAGUUACAGAUUCAGAAUAAGUUACAGAUUCAGAAUAAGUUACAGAUUCAGAAUAAGUUACUGUUGAGCUAGUACUUGUUGUAUGUUAUACUUCUAGUUCUGAUGAUUGUAAAUCAGUUUUGAAUCUGAUUUAAUUUUAUUAGCCUACAUAUGUCAAUUCUUCAGUAGACGUAAUAUUUCAGCUGUCCAUACCAAUUGAAACUUCAUAAAUUACUUAUGAAGGGCUACCAAAAUUUCAAGAUGCAAUAUGCAAAAUUACUUGACACUGAUCUAA